AUAGUAUAAUUCAUAAUCAUCGUUGUCAUUUUCACUAUCUUCUGAUAGAAGCAUGAGCCAUUCAGCAUUUCCUUCAUGAUUCAACCAUAACAAAAUAUCCCUUCAUCAACCAUAGUUGAAAAAUCUCCAUUAUAUUCCUUCAUUAAAUCCAAUUCUUUUACAACAAACUUUCUCUAAAACCUUUUAGAGAAAUGUUAACACUUUUAAAAAGCCCUUCAAAAAUCAUUCAUCUCUGUAGAAAAUGGGUUUCAGAUCUUGAUUUAAAGAAGUUAAUAUUAAUUCUCCCAUCAAUUUUCCUCAUUAUAUACAUAUCAUUUUCUUCAAUAUCCAACAUAUCAUCAACUGGUAAAACUCUCAUAUUCAACGCUUUUUCCAUUUCCGGGUCGGGUUCCGGGUCGGGUUUUCCGGUGAGUAAGGACAGGUUGGAUGGAUCAAGAAUUGCUGUAUGUUUAGUAGGUGGGGCCCGUAGAUUUGAGCUUACUGGUCCUUCAAUUAUACAGAAAAUACUUGAAGUUUAUCCAAAUAAUUCUGAUCUUUUUGUCCAUAGUCCAUUCGAUAAUAAAGCUUAUAAAUUAUCAUUGUUAAAAGCUGCUCCAAGAAUUGCGAGUGUUAGAAUUUUCAGGCCAGAGCAUAUACCGGAAACUGAGUCACAACUACGAGUUUUAACAGGUUCACACUCACCUAAUGGUAUACAGGGUCUGCUGCAAUAUUUCAACUUGGUAGAGGGUUGUUUGACGAUGAUCCAAGACUACCAAAAGCAGAACAAUUUCACUUAUGACUGGAUAGUCCGGACCCGAGUUGAUGGCUACUGGUCAGCUCCACUAGGCCCCGAAAACUUCAUUCCUGGUCACUACCUAGUCCCUCCAGGUUCCUCCUACGGUGGCCUAAAUGAUCGCUUCGGCAUUGGCGACUAUAACACAUCAGUAAUCGCUCUUUCAAGGCUCUCCAUGAUUCCCCAGCUGGAUUCAGCAGGGAAAUAUCAGCUCAACUCGGAAAGCGCAUUCAAAGCCCAACUUACCACUCAACAAGUUCCCUACCUAACUAUGCGUUUACCCUUUUGCGUCGUAACGGAUCGUCAGUAUGACUUUCCACUUUCCCAUUAUGGUGUUCCGGUUGCAGCACUUUCUAGUCGAGGCCCCUUAAGUGGGGCCAAGUGCCGGCCGUGCACGCCCGCAUGCACCGGGUCGUGCGUUGAGCUCGCCAUGAAUAGACUAGAUAAAGGCUGGAGUUGGACGGAUUGGGCUAAUAACUCGCUCGAGCUAUGUGAUGCUCAUGCUGAGUGGGAGAGCGGGUGGGAGAAAGUAUUCGAUAGAGUGGCAGGUAAGAAACUUGCUGCGGCUAGAAGAAGAAUCGAUGGUUUGAAAUUGGAUCAGUGUGUGAGGGAAUUUGCUGAGAUGAUGAAUAAAACUGCACACUGGGAAGCUCCAUCAGGGUCUGAAAUCUGUAGCUUAGGUUUGUUGGACUCUCCAUGAAGCUAAACGAAGAUAGUAUACUAGUAUAUUGUUUGAUUUCUUGAAAAAGUCCCCGCAGAUAUUGCAGGAUUUUGAAUAGUUUUUAACUGAUAGAAGAAGUGUUAGCUCUACAGAGAAAUGAAUACAGAAAGGGGACAACGCAGUUGUCCUUAACUCGGUACCUAUAUUUCUGCUAUUUCAAUUGGUGUAACACGAUUUGUACAUACAUCUCUGUUGAUACAAUAAUGUUAUGAAAAUAAUUCCAACCCGACCAUCUGGGUACU